UUAGGUUUCACCGCGGCAGCGGUCGUGGCAGCCCUCGUGUGAUCCCUCCUCGUGUGAAGACAGACGAGUGUAAAGACAAUCGACUCUACCUGCGCAACUCCACCGAGCAAGGACACCGACAGGGCACUUGAGUAUUGCUUUUCUCCUCUUUCUUUACUUUUUGUAUACCUUGUUCUCAAAUAUCUCUUACACUUGUAGUCACUAUGUGCUUUCAGAUCUCUACUAUCACUACUAACACUCGGAGAGCACGCUAUGUACGUCGCAGGAAGGCCUGUCUGACAAACCUACGGCCUGUCCCUCUGACCUCUACUACUACGCUUUCUAUUCCAGUUGGUCUCUGGAACUGCCAGUCUGCAGUUAACAAAGCAGACUUCAUUUCUUCUAUUGCUACUCAUUCCGGUCUCAACCUCAUGGCACUGACAGAGACUUGGAUCAAACCUGAAGAUACUGCCACCCCUGCAGCCCUCUCCACUAAUUUCACUUGUUCCCACACUCCUCGUACCACUGGGAGGGGUGGAGGUACGGGUCUCCUUAUAUCAAAAGAAUGGAAAUUUGAUCUUCAGCCAUCACCUACAGGUCAAUUGGGAAACUUCUUGGAGGAGUUGGAUGUGCUGCUAUCAAACUUUCCUGAAGAUGGUACUCCUCUGGUACUGCUUGGGGACUUCAACAUCCACCUAGAUAAGCCCCAGGCUGCUGACUUCAAAACUCUGCUCACCUCAUUUGAUCUCAAGCUAGUGCACAGCCGAAAGAUAAGAGGAUGCCAGGGAAAAAUUGGAAGUGACGCUCGUAGAGGCGAGGUUAAGCCUUGGCGUCAUGGAGAGCGUGUGGCUGAUCGAGCAGAGAGCAGCGGCCGUGAUGAAGCCUGGAGCUCUGUGGCGGUGUCUGGUGGAGAAGGAGCGAUCCUGGGGCUGGCAGAUUGGCUGGAGAAAUAA